GUGCUGUUGCUGUUAUUCAUUGCAUUAACAUAAUGGCAUUAGGUGAAAUCUUCAUAUUCGUAUAAGUAUAGGUUUCUGUGUUUUUUUUUCCCCCGUGCUUGCCAUCAUAUCUGACAGAUGUCCACUUGACAACUCCUCCCCCAGCACAUCCAACUCUCUGUGGUUUGAAGGCACACUCGACAGCACAAUGGCUUCGAAGUCUGAGUACAGUGGCAGAUGCCACGUGGCCGGUGAAGAUGUCAAACUGUAUUGUGCAGGCAUUGACGAUUUGCCUGACGAGAUACUGGUAACGAUUUUCUCACACGUAUCUUUCAGUGACCUAGUGGAUGUGGUACAGAAAGUGUGCCACCGUUGGAGAAGGCUGUCACAAGAGAUGGAGUUGUGGGCUGACAAGGAUUACCAUAUAGGGAUCCCGAGCCAUUGCAACUCGAAGAACUGUAAGGGUAGUGUGACAGAGCUGGAGGCAAUACAGAUCUUCCAAAAUGCCCCAAACCUGUGUAAAGUAUGCAUACGGCACGAUGUCAGCCCCCGUCUCUUCCGUACGCUCUCUGAAAAAUGCCGAAGACACAAAGAGCUGCGCUUGCGUAGCACUCAGAAGCAUAGCUACUCGAUGCCGAAGAACUCGGUCGAGAAGUGCUCCAGUCUACAGAUGAUGCGGAUAUCGGACAAUCUGCUGAGAUCUGAGGAAUUUUCAGAGGCAGUGUCACGGCUACGGAACCUCCGUGUGCUGCGUCUGGACCGCGACUGCACAGAGGGUACUUCUGCCUCGCAACCUCGUGUACUGCUGCGACCUUUGGCUGACGGAUGCCCACAACUGGCUGAGAUUGACUUCGGACGGUCGUUUGCGAAUAUUGACAAAUUGAGGUAUUUUCUGAAUGCCGAGAGUAAUACCCUCAAGUCGAUACGCAUAAAGUGGACGAUGGGUGGGACGAGGAACGGAGGGCUUCCAAAGCUGAGAGCGCUACAUCUACAUAAUGGGUGCAGACUGGAUGAUGACGCAGUGAUUGCCAUCAGCCACGGGUGCUCUGCUUUGCGAGAACUGUCUAUCAAAUAUGCUGAGAAACUGUCUGAUACUGCCUUAUCUCAGAUCUACCGUCUGGAACAUCUUGAAAUACCUCACGCCAGUCUGCGUGAGCUUAAACGCGUGCAUUUCAGCCUCCUCUAGCAACACUGUUUUGGCUCUUCUGCCAACACAUCAGAAUCCGUACUGGUCAUGGCCGAUGCUGGGAUGCUCUCUUUAAGUGGAAGAAGCUGCCUGAUCCAGCCUGUGACUGCGGGGCUCCAUACCAGACUGUUCACCACAUUGUCAGUGAAUGCAGGAUUCGAGCCUAUCACGGCAGCUCCAAAGAGGACUUCCUGCUAACAACUCCAGAUGCAGUGUGCUGGAUUGAAGGACUGGAUAUUCAGUUGUAAAGACUCUUGUGUGUCAAUAUGUACAUAUGUAUAUGUAAUUUAAUUUCAUGAUAUGU